AUGGCCUUUGGUAACCUCUUUCAAGCCCUCCGCGGCAAGCCUUCCAGCUCCAACGGCCGCAAAGUCCGACGCCGCCGCCCGCGGAAGGACGAAUCGUUCCUGCACCUUGAAAGCGACGACGAAGAUAACGGGCAGUCGUACGAAAUGACCACGUACCGAACGACGUACACGAGCCCCAAUACCCUGUCGUACUGCUCUCCUGCGGUCCUUCACCCCAAGAUUACGGUGACCGACUGGAACGAUAAUCGGAAGGACGAGGUGUGGGGCUGCACAUUUGACUAUCUGUCACUCUUCCCGCCACAGCUCAUUAACCCCCACACCCGCGCGCUAAAUCAAACUGAAGCACAGUGGCGACGCCUGCACGACGCGCUGUCCGUCGUCGCGCGGGAGCUGAUGAGCUGGCAGAGCGCACUACUAACGGGCACGGCUUACGAGCACAAUGUACGUCGCUACCCGUCAGCUCACCCAGCCAGCACUCUCCCGACCGACCGAGAAAUACAGGUCCUCAUCCGCGCCAUCCUCUGGUUCCGCGGCUGUGUGGACGCUAUCCACCGGUGGGACGCCACGCUCCUCGCUCCCCACGUCCUCCCCACCUUCAUGAGCCGCCUGCAGCGAAACGGACCCGACCGCGAGUCGGACCGCAUCCUUAAGUUGGCCGGGGAACGCCUCCUCCACGUGACUCUGUUUGUCGAACGCUUCGCAUGGUUUGUCGACCACAAGUGGCCGCCCUCAACUUACCGCCGCCCUACUCUCGCGUCUGCCUUCAAGGAGAUGCAGCGCUGCGCAGCCACCGCCACGUCUCCGUUCCAGGACCAGCUCUGGGCAGUACGUGGGGUGCAAAUCUUGAAGUAG